UAAUCAGUAAGCGCGUUUGGAAACGCGCAUCCAAGCUCACGAAAAGCUCCGGCGAAGUUUACUUUGCCAGGCUAGCAACGGCCAAUCAAAUCCCGACACUUCGCGGUAAAAUAUGGGCCCGGCCCUCUCAGCCUUCCCUGAUCCCAUCCACUGGCAACCCUGCCAGCCUUUCCUUUCUUGUUCCCGGACCUUGCCUUGUUGUAUCGAUAUCGACUUCUCUUGCAAUCCGCCCUUUUAGACCUUCUAGUGUUGUACGCAAGCAAUUGGUGCGUUCGACACUCUAUCAUUGGCACGACAGACGAGAUGACCUCCGCCCCUCCUCCUCCUUUUCGGUCCACCGUUGACCGGCUGGACCGCCCCAGCGCAUACUAUCACAGUCGAAACAAGCGGAAGCGGCCCGACAACAACAACCGCGAAAACAAAGAAGGCGAGACCGAUACCGCCAUCCCUGCGCCUAAAGAGCCGGCGGAGGACCCCCUGAGCAAUGCUACGACCCUCUACGUCGGAAACCUUUCCUUCUACACGACCGAAGAGCAAGUAUAUGGGCUCUUCUCCAAGUGCGGCGAGAUCAAGCGCCUCGUCAUGGGGCUAGACAGAUUCACCAAGACUCCGUGCGGGUUCUGUUUUGUCGAGUACUACACCCACCAGGACGCCCUCGACUGCAUGAAGUACAUCGGAGGUACGAAACUCGACGAGCGCGUCAUCCGCACCGACCUCGACCCGGGUUUUGAGGAGGGCCGCCAAUAUGGCCGAGGCAAGUCGGGCGGCCAGGUGCGGGACGAAUAUCGCGACGACUACGACGAGGGCAGGGGAGGCUUGGGGAGGGCCAUCCAGGCAGAGAGGGAGCGCGAGAACCUGCGGGAUCGCGAGAACGAUCAAUACGACGAGGAGGAUUACGGACGACUGAGAUAAAAGCAUCGCGGGAGAGAGGCGGGUCAUGGGCACGACCUAGACAGGAGUCAACUUAGGUAGAUAAGAUAGUUCUUAGGUGCUCAGUUCCAGACAUAAUUUGAC